AUGGAUCAAAGAGAAUGUAAGUUCCAAUCUCUUGGUAUUUGCAACAAAGUCUACAUAUUCCUCAUGAGAAUAUUAACAAGACAAGCCCUCAAGACAGACACUUUGGGCAAUGCUAACCCUAACUCCCAUAAUGAUCCUGCUGGUUAUGACCCAAGGGUGCACCCUGUGGUUCAAGAAACACCAUGUGAAGGUCCGGUGUCAGAGGCCGAGGUGGAGCCAGAGCAGCAGAAGAACAAUGUGAAGGAUUUAGAGUCUGUUGGUAAUGGAAAGGGAGCAGAAGAGGAGAGUGCACAAACAAAGGCUCCAAAGAAAACUGUUAGCAUAAAUGAGAGGGUGGAGGAGAUUGACACAAAGAGGAAGAUGAUCAAAAGGAAGAAAUCUAAAUCUGCUGAUCUGAAUUUGGGUUCAAGUGAUGAUGAGCCAAAACAUUUGAAAUCAAUUCUUAAGGUUGGGUCCAAUUUAGAUGACAAUUUGAUUUCCUAUUAACUAUUAAUGUUGAAAUUUCAAUGUCUAUGGCUCUACAUUUCAGCAUAUGUAGAUUUUAAUUUGUAUCAGCAAAUUGAAAUUGUAAGCUUAGUGAUAUUUCCCA